CAUCAAUAGCGGCAGCGGCUGAUGUCCGUGUCCGUCCUCCACGUGCGCACCGGAGACCUCGGUCAGGCUUCAAUCCACUAACAGGGACAAUGACAGGGAAACACUGGGGAUAUGGAAAAGAUGACGGGCCUUCCAUAUGGCACAAAAACUUCCCUGUGGCCCAGGGGGACCGUCAGUCUCCCAUUGACAUCGUCCCUCAUCAGGCUUCACAUGACCCCAACCUGGGCCCAAUUGUCCUCAACUAUGAUCACUGUACCUCCCUAAACAUCUGCAACAAUGGGCACUCUGUUGUUGUGGAGUUUGAUGACACUGAUGACCGCUCAGUGAUCUGGGGAGGCCCUCUUGACAACGCCUACAGACUGAAACAGUUCCACUUCCACUGGGGUGGAAAGGGCUGCCACGGCUCUGAGCACACUGUCGGGGGAAAUAGCUAUGCAUCUGAGCUGCAUUUAGUACACUGGAAUGCUGUCAAAUACAGGUCGUUUGGGGAGGCAGCAUCGGCUCCUGAUGGCCUGGCUGUUCUAGGCAUCUUUUUAGAGACAGGUGAUGACCACAGAUGGCUCCACACGAUAACAGACGCUCUCUACAUGGUGAAGUAUAAAGCGAGUGUCACAGACUUUAGAGGUUUUAAUCCCAAGUGCCUCUUACCAAGCAUGCUCCACUAUUGGACCUACCUGGGAUCACUGACCACGCCUCCUCUGCAUGAGAGCGUCACCUGGAUCAUCCUGAAGGAGCCAAUCGCACUGUCUGAAAAACAGCUCAGCAAGUUUCGAAUGCUCCUGUUCACUGGAGAGGAAGAGGAUCAGAGGAUACGCAUGGAAAACAACUUCAGGCCUCCCCAGCCUCUCAAAGGCAGGAAAGUCCGUUCCUCCAAUUAAUGUGACCUCAAGAGAUCUGAAGUCAGGGAGAACAGCAAGAGCUCUUUUUAGACAACAGUGAAUGCAUUAAAUUGAGUGUACUUUUUAUUUUUUUUUACCUCACUGUAGCUUGUCCUGAGGAUUUCUGAUUGUAACUUUGAACACUGCCAGCACAAUGAGAUGAAUUUUCUCUCUACCAGUCAGAAGGAGAAAUCAGUUGAUAAAUAAUUUAGACAAUAAUAAAAGGGACAUAUUUAUAUUUAUACAAAGCAAUUUUAUCAUUGCUAUUACUUUAAUUUCCAGUACUGUUGUAGACUAAGCAUUGAUUCAGAUUCAAAGCUUUGAUCUGUACCUGCACCUCCAUUGCUGUUAAAGUGUUGCCAAGGCAACAAGAGGAUGUCUAAACUAGCAACAAGCUCUUGCACAAGGCUGGUAUACAUAACUGGAAGGUCUGUGUAGGUAUCACAGUACUUGGCUGUCUGCACAUUCACAGCCUCAGCCUUCUCACUGAUCCCGACUGAUCCCCAGCUGAUCCGGUCUAUUGCUGGUGGAUUCCCAGUGCUUGGGGCCAUAGAUCCCUUUCAGUCGAACAAUGCCAACUGGAGGUGGGAUUGGAUUAGUGCUGCAUUUGCUCUUACUGCUCUCUUCGGCCUUGACGGUGCGAAUGAAAGUCUCAGGUCCUUUUUUAAGCUUAGUAGACUUGAGUGUGGUUUAUUAUUUCUGGCAUGCCCUCCAGAUUUCAUAACUUCUGUUCACAGUUAUAUUUUGUAAGAUUUUCUUAACUCAAGCUGCUCCAACUUGGAUUCAAUAAUUUCAACUUCUAAAACUUAACUUGUAUGGUAUGCAUCCUGGCCAGAGUGUCAUUCAUUUUCUGGAUACGCACACUGUUAGUAACAGCUUACCCCUAUAGCUGCACCUUAAAAAAAGUCCUGCAUUCAAAUACCCUACAGAGGCCCUGGUGUAUCAAUUGCACAAGUUAUGCCAACUCUAUGGAAUGACUUUAAUUUUUCUGGACUUUCUUCUAUUUUAUUCACCAGGAUGGCAGCUAUGAAGUUCCCCUACAACAAAAUGCACACAUGACAAGUGGCACCUCACUUAUGAUUGUUUGAUGCUGUUGAUGUGGAAAAACAUUAAAAAUGUAAUUUAUGGGUGGUUUGAAUAUUUUUGUAAUGCAUUCAAAAUCAGGUUUGCUGAAAUGAAUAAAAUUCAGAGUAACUGUC